ACAAAGAUAUAAAAGAAAGGAAAGAAGGUUAUAGAGAUACUAUAAUUGUUUCCUUUUAUUGUGCUUUAUUUAUUGAAAUAAAGAUAUUUAUAAUUGGUGCAAUAAUAAUUACUAUAAAGAAUGGCAGCUGAAGAAACCUCCUGGAGAACACAAGCCUUUCGGCAAAGUGUUGUUGCAAAAAUAGACGAGGCCAUUCAAAAGUCAGGAAUGCCUUCUUCAAGGAACAGCACAGAAAUGGAGAAUCAAGUAUUCCAGAAAGCUAAGUCAAAGGAAGAAUAUUUGAGUUUCGUUGCCAGAUUGAUACUUCAUGUCCGAGAAAUGAAUUCGAAGAAAGGUGGUGGAGGAAUUGCACCAGGUGCUGGUACUGCAGGAGGUCAAGGUAUGCCAGAUCCAAUUGGUGCACUUCAAACUCUUGCUCGUCAAGGAACAGGAAAUAAUCAAAUGAUGGGAAUGGCAGGACCUGGCGCUGGACCACAGGGAAUGGUUCUUCAACCACCUUCAAACAGUGCUACCAACUUGUUGCAAACAUUGAAUCAGCGUCCAGGACAGACAAUGAAUAUGUCUGGCAUGCAGAAUAAGAUGCCAGGAAUGGGUAUGAUGCCAGGGCAAGCUAAUGGACCCAUGGGGCAUAUGGGUCCGAUGCAGGGUAUGCAAGGUGGUCCAGGAAUGUUGAGUCAGAUGAAUCAAAUGGGUCAGGGAAAUAUGAAUCAGCAGAUGAAUCAAAUGGGACCCAAUCAAAUGGGACAAAUGGGUCCUGGUCAAAUGGGACCAGCGCAGAUGCAACAAAAUAUGCAGAACCAGAUGCAGCCACAGAUAUCAGCACAAAUGACAAAUCAGAUUGGGGGCCCUAUGACUGGUAACAUGCAAUCUGGUAUGCCACAGCAGAUGAAUCAAAUACCACAACAAAUGAAUCAAAUGGGCCCUGGACAAAUGGGUCCUGGUCAAAUGCCACAGCAGAUCAAUCACAUGCAACGCAAGCCUGGUGAAAUGUUAAAUACUGGAUUUCCUGGACCCAGAAAUGUAACACCCAAUCAGUUCCUUCGGCAAAGUCCAUCACCUUCGGUUCCAAGUCCCGCUGGUCUUGGUGCUCCUUCCAGCAAUCAAAUGGUAGCCUCACCAGCUCUGGUACCAUCUCCAAGUCCACAGCACCCAAUGAUGGCGAGUCAGCAACGUUCUGUAGGCAUGGCACCGUCUCCAAGUAGUUCUUUGAAUACUCCAGGAGGUGUAGGUGCUACCCCAAGUCCUUUACAAGAAGACCAGGCGUAUAGGGACAAAGUUCGUCAACUCAGUAAAUACAUAGAACCACUACGGAGGAUGAUAGCCAGGAUGGCUAACGAAGGAAAUGUAGACAAGCUCAGCAAGAUGAAGAAGCUUCUAGAGAUACUCUCGAGUCCAAGUAAGCGUAUGCCUCUAGACACACUACUAAAGUGUGAAGUGGUUUUGGAGAAGCUGGACUUUAAACGAGCAGAUGGCAGCGUUGGUCCACCAGUAACUACAGUUAAAGAGCACCAUUUCUUCAGUCCACUUCUCGAAGCAGUCAGUACUCAUCUUCAGAGUCCUGUAGCUAAUCACACACUCCAAAGAACAUUCGGACCCUGUCUCGAAGCCUUAUUUGGUCCAGAAAUAAAAUGUCUACCGCCUCCGUUAAAGAAACAAAAAUUGGAAGAACCACCAAACGAGAUUCCUGACGUUCUCCAGGGUGAAAUUGCCAGACUAGAUCAGAGAUUCAAAGUAAGCGUAGAUCCUGCUCAACAAACUGGUUCAAAGUGCAUUCAACUAAUAUGCUGGCUAGAUGAUCGUCAUCUGCCAUGCGUUCCACCGGUUUCUGUGACUGUUCCUGCCGAUUACCCUUUGACCCCACCUCGGUGCGUUAUGGCACCGCACGAAUACGCCACUGCCUUCCUCUGCGCGGUGCAAAAAGCCCUCAAUGCCAGAAUCACGAAACUACCUAGACGUUUCUCAGUAUCACAAUUAUUGGAUACUUGGGAAAUGAGUGUACGACAAGCCAGUGCACCUACUCAGACACCUGUAACGGCAAGUACUGUGCUAAUGGGACUGUAACACUCAUGUACAUGACGUUCUUGACAUAUCUACAAAAUGAUUGUAUUACGUAAAAAUCAUUGUAUAAGAUAACACGUUGAAAUAUAAUUUUACAAGUGA